AUGGCGUCCCAACCUGAAGGGUCAACCUCAUCUUCACCAAUCAAAGGCUGGACCUCCCUCCAUUCUGAUAGUGAAUCUGGAUUUUCGAACUCUAACUCACUUGAAGAACUCUUUGAGCAGAAUCGUCUGCACCUGACGGUCAACCCUCUUGACCCAUUCUUGCCGACGAUUCGUCCAACAAACAACCUUCUUGACAACCCAUUGCUUCCUGAAGCACCUCAAUUUGUCUCGUCCAUGCAACUCGACUUGGACAGCCAUGAUGCAGACGUUGAAACAGAUCUCAGUCAAUUUGAGUUUCAAUUUUCAGAAUUGAACACUGCCGUUCCUGAUGUCGAAUUCCGGCUCGAGGAUUUUCUUGAAGGCAUUGAGGAUUUUGCUGAAGGUGACUUCUCAGCUGAUCUUCACUCGGAUGGAUAUGCUGCGCCAAUCCAGGAGCAAUAUUCCUUCCAGGAGGACUUGGCAAAUCUUGACAACCUUGACUUUCAUGAUCUAGCUUUCGUCCCCGACGAACCAGCUAACGAAGCGUUCGCCCUGGACGGAAACGAUUCAUUCGCUGCUCAAGGUUUGGCAAAUCUCGACACAUUUGAUGCCGACUACUGGUUUUCUUUCCCGACGGAAGUGGACAUACAGUCUCCUCUGCCUCCUGAUGAGUUCGUCGACGCCAGCCUGUCGCGCUAUCCUCGAACUCCCGAAGAGGUUCAUCUGCUGUCGCGCUCCUCGAGUGACCUGGCUGAUUUCUAUGGAUACUCGGAACUUCUGGCCCAACCCGGUCCAAGCUCAGCUUCGUGGAAUCCUCCAACUGACGCCUUUCUGACUCCACAAGACCAAGGGCCCCAAUAUCAACUCACGUCGCAGCCCCACCAGGUCGGCGUAUCGCAGUUUCCUCAGGUCAUGCAACAACUUCCAGUGGAACAACAGCUUCCAGAGCUCAACUUCAGUCACAUUCCGGUGGUUGAUGAUGCGAUGGAAUUGCUGUUGGUCCCUCCAACUAACGAGAAUACCAACACUGCAGCUGCCUCUGAUUCAGCAACAGAAUCUGGGUCAUCCGCGACAUCCUCGUCUUCGUCAACGCUAUCCAGUCCGGCCCGCGGCCGUUCCGAGUCGACUAGGCAGCUUUAUCGCACCCAGAAAUGGUACGAAGAGGGUGCCCGCCGUCAACAAGAGGCUGCUGCCAGGUCCGCAGGCACAACGCGUCAAAGACUCGCGCGCAGACGAGAAAACCAUCGACAGCACAGAGAGAGGGUGCGGGAAGGGCAGCAGAGAGAGCAUGCAUCUAGACGGCUUCACGGGUCAUCUAGAUCCCCUCCGCAUCUCACCAUACCCCGAAGUGUGCCUACGCAGCAAGCACCUGUGAUUCCUCCGGUUGUUCUUCCCACCGGGAACAGUGUCGCAAACACAAGCCCCAGGGUUUCAUGGUACCAAAAGGAAGAUGCCCGUACAGGGGAGGUCUUGGGAUAUGUUCGCUGUGUCGAAGAGUUCUACACCCAGCUUCCUACUCCUGUCGCUCCCCCUGUCUUCAAUCCUCUGUUCCCUGUCGCUUCUCCCGUUCCAGCCGCUGGUGCUGCGCUCCUCACUGCGCUGCCACCGCCACCGCCGCCGCAGCCGCAGAGAGGACAAGCACCGGUGUCAACUUCAAUCACGCCGGCUGCGCCCGCAGCCAGGGCAGUCAUCGUUAUCGAUGACAGCGACUCAGGCUCUCCCGAUGGUUCCCCACUAAUAGUGACAACUCGCGCCAACCCAGUGCGUCGGUCUGAUCGCCUACGAAAGAGCUGA